GCCGCGCCGCCCGGGGAGCGGCGGCCGGGGGCUGCUCGGGGCCGUGGGCGCGGGGGCGCCGCCGAGCGGACGGAUGUGGUUUUGGGAAAUAGACGUACUUUUCCGCUCGCUCCCUUCCUUCCGUGCGCUCCACGGAUCUGGCGUGUCCGCGUGGUGUCCCGACGGAGUGAAUGCAAUCUUUGCGUUUCCUACUCCCGGUUCUGGUUUAAACGCGUUCAAAAUAAGAGAAGUACGUUUAACCCCCUUUCGGAUGCCGCCCUGGUGCUGAUAUUGAACCUCAUUUCUUCUCAAGAGUUUUCUGUCCGAAGUACCCUAAUACCGGAAGAAAAUGAUAAUUGCUGAGCCCACCCAAGAUCCUGAGUGAGUUAAUGCUUUACAUUGCAACUCAGUGCUCUCCAUAAAACUGAGAUUAUGCCCACCGGUGAGACUUUUAUGAAAUUUGAGAGUGAAGCCAAAGUAAAAACCGAAGCUCAUUUUGAGGAAUUGCUUAAGACUCACAAUAAUCAAAUAUACGAAAGAAAAAAACUGAAGAAAAAUAUUGGCACGUCUGGAGAAAAAAUCUCACUUGACACUAUUAGAAGCAAUCCUCGGAAAAUUAAAGAAACUGAAAGAGAUGAAGUAAUUGCUGCUAACACUAAUAACACAAAGAAGAGCAUGCGAGUCAUUAAAAACAGACCAAGCAAUCCACAGUCAGCAACUGAAAAUCCAGAUGAUGAUGGGAGUGUACAGGAAGACAAGCAAGAACAGGCAAAUAAGUUUACAAAAACAGUGUGCCAGGUGACUACACAAGAAACGGAGCAGGAAACUUCUGAGAAAGUGGACUUUCUACAUCAGAAAGUUCAUUUGAGGUUACAGCCAGGUUUUGCUGAUCACAGAAGUGAGAUGGCAAAUGAAGAAAAAGGAAAUAAUUUAGAUGAGGAAGAACAACUGAAGCAAGUAUACCAGCUCCAGGUAGCCGAAGAAAUGGCAAAGGAGAUUAAGAAGAAAAUAAGAAAGAAACUCAAAGAACAGUUGACUGACUUUCCCUCAGAUACUUGCUUGCAUGAUGACAAAUUGAGCAGUGAAGAAAAAAAAAAGAAAAAAAAGAAAGCUCCAAUCCUGCCUGAUACUGAAACAAGGACAUUGCCCUUUGAUGACACAAUUCAAGGUGAACAAAAGAAGGAAAGUCUAGUUGGAACAGUUACUUCAGAUAAUCAUCAUGAUGAUGAAAUAACCACCGUGGAACAAAAUGUAGAUGACAGCAUGCAAGAUGAGACAAAAUUCAAACCAAGGAAAAAGAAAAAGAAGCCUAAAGCAGUUUCAGAUGAUAAUGAAGACACUGAGGGUGAUAAUGGUGUUCAUGAAAUAACAAGUCGAGAUAGUCCAGUUUAUCCCAAAUAUUUGCUUGAUGAUGACCUUGUCCUGGGAGUUUACAUUCACCGAACUGAUCGACUUAAGUCAGAUUUUAAGAUUUCCCGCCCCAUGGUAAAAAUUCAUGUGGUUGAUGAGAUUACUGGUCAGUAUGUCAAGAAAAAUAAUAGUGAGCGGCCUGUUUCAUCUUACUUUGAAAAAGACAAUGUGGAUUAUAUUCUUCCUAUUAUGACCCAGCCAUAUGAUUUUAAACAGUUAAAAUCAAGACUUCCGGAGUGGGAAGAACAAAUUAUAUUUAAUGAAAACUUGCCCUACUUGCUUCAAGAUUUUGAUGAGAGCCCUAAAGUCAUCCUGUUUUUUGAGAUUCUUGAUUUCUUAAGCAUGGAUGAAAUUAGGAAUAACUCUGAAAUUCAAAAUCAAGAAUGUGGCUUUCGGAAAAUUGCCUGGGCAUUUCUUAAGCUUCUAGGAGCCAAUGGAAAUAUAAACAUCAAUUCAAAACUUCGCUUGCAGCUAUACUAUCCACCUCCUAAGCCUCGACCCCAUAUAAAAGUCGUUGAGGUUUUCGAAUGGUGGUUAAAAUGUCCAAGAAAUCAUUAUCCGUCAACGUUGUAUGUGACUGUAAGAGGAUUGAAAGUUCCAGAAUGUGUAAAGCCAUCUUACCGUUCUGUGGUGGCUCUUCAGGAGGAAAAAGGUAAACCAGUGUAUUGUGAGCAACAGCGUGAGUCAAGUUCAGUGGACACAGAACCUGGACUAGAAGAUUCAAAGGAAGUAGUGAAGUGGCAACGACUGCCUGGGCAGGCUUGCCGUAUCCCAAACAAGCACCUCUUCUCACUAAAUGCAGGAGAACGAGGAUGUUUUUGUCUUUCUUUCUCUCACAAUGGAAGAAUAUUAGCAGCAGCCUGUGCCAGCCGAGAUGGAUAUCCAAUUAUUUUAUACGAAAUUCCUUCUGGACGUUUCAUGAGAGAAUUGUAUGGCCACCUCAAUAUCAUUUAUGAUCUAUGCUGGUCAAAGGAUGAUAACUAUAUCCUUACUGCAUCAUCUGAUGGCACUGCCAGGAUAUGGAAAAAUGAAAUAAACAAUACAAAUACUUUAAAACUUUUACCUCAUCCUUGUUUUGUCUACACGGCUAAGUUCCACCCAGCUGCAAAAGAGCUGGUGGUUACAGGAUGUUACGAUGCUGUGGUACGGAUAUGGAAAGUUGAUAUGAAAGAGGAUCCUGCCAUAUUGAUCCGGCAUUUUGACACUCACAAGAGUUUCAUCAACUCUCUCUGUUUUGAUAUUGAAGGUCACCACAUGUAUUCAGGAGACUGCACGGGGAUGAUUGUUGUUUGGAAUACCUACGUCAAAGUUAAUGAUUUGCAGCAUUCAGUGCGCCACUGGAGUGUAAAUAAGGAAAUUAAAGAAAGUGAGUUUAAGGGGAUUCCAAUAAAUUAUUUGGAGGUUCAUCCCAAUGGAAAACGUUUGUUAAUCCAUACCAAAGACAGUACAUUGAGAAUUAUGGAUCUUCGAAUAUUAGCAGCAAGGAAAUUUGUAGGAGCAGCAAAUUAUCGGGAGAAGAUUCAUAGUACUUUGACACCUUGUGGGACUUUUCUCUUUGCUGGAAGUGAGGAUGGUAUAGUGUAUGUUUGGAACCCAGAAACAGGAGAACAAGUAGCAAUGUAUUCUGACCUGCCAUUCAAGUCACCCAUUCGAGACAUUUCUUAUCAUCCACUUGAAAAUAUGGUUGCAUUUUGUGCAUUUGGGCAGAAUGAGCCAGUUCUUCUGUAUAUUUAUGAUUUCCAUGUUGCCCAGCAGGAGGCUGACACGUUAAACCGCUACAAUGGAACAUCUCCAUUCCCCGGAAUACACCAAAGUCAAGAUGCCUUAUGCAUCAGUUCUAACAUGCCUCAACAAGGCUCUUUUCAGAUUGAUGACUAUGUCCACACUAAAGAUUCUUCAAUGAAGAUGCAGCAAGUGAUACAAAGACUCAAUUCUGUCACGGUCAACAAAAAUCUCUCGUUUACUUCAACAUCAGCCUCCUCACAACAGUCUAAGUUAAAAGAGUCAGACUUGCUGGACACUCAGCCUCCGCGUCAGUUUGGUUUUGCUCAGACUGGAAUUAACAUAGAAAGAAUGCCUUAUAACCAUUAUGCAGAUACAUCACCAACGGUAGUGGCUCUUUAUGACUACACAGCGAAUCGAUCAGAUGAACUAACCAUCCAUCGCGGAGACAUUAUCCGAGUGUUUUACAAAGAUAAUGAAGACUGGUGGUAUGGCAGCCUAGGAAAGGGACAGGAAGGUUAUUUUCCAGCUAAUCAUGUGGCUAGUGAAACACUGUACCGAGAACUGCCUCCAGAGAUUAAGGAACGAUCCCCUCUUUUAACCCCCAAGGAAAAAACCAAAAUGGAAAAACCUUUAUCUUCUCAAAAGUCAGUCAGCAAGGACAAGUCUCAGGAUUUCAGAUGUGGCUCAGAAUCUAUGACACAUAAACAGUUGAAGAAGAAUGAAGAGACAAAGAACCAAAUACACAGAAAUAAAAUCACAAAUUAAACCAAGUGGAAUUUCUCUUCAGAAUUCAGAAUUUUCAGAAACUAAGGAAGAAAGGAAGUAUCCAGUAUUCUUGUCCUUAUGAAAGAAUCUAGAAAUAUCAGAAGCAAGGGAUGCUUAGAAAAAUAAAUGUGGCAAAAGAAAUGUGAUCUUUUGAGCUUAAUUGUUAUAAACCACUUUGAUUGUUGUUGGACAAAGUAUUGGUACUUGUAUUUAUUGGUAAUUGCCUCAAAAUUACAUUACCACUGUUCAAAACCGUGAAGUGAAAACCGUAAUUGCUACCCAGCAAAUAUGAAGAAGUGUUUACAUUGCUAAGAUGUUCACUAUAUAAUUGUUUAAUAUUGUUAUAUCUUUCAUGUGAUUAUAUGUGUGAUGUUAUGCUCAAAAUAUGAAAUAUCUGCUUUUGAAAUUUAACCUUAUUUAAAAACAUAAGCAGUUUCAGAAUAUUGUGCAUUCAAAAUGGUUCCAGUAAGAAAGGCAUUAAAAGGGAACAAAUUUUUUUAAUGAGUCAUAUAUGUAGCUUGAUACAUAUAAACUGUCUUUUGGCUACACUGGCAACAGUGUUUCAAAUUUUUUUACUUUAAAAAAAAGCAUUUCAUAUUUAAGCAUAUAAGUGAUUUCUAGGCUAACAUUGUUUAAUAUGUAUUUUAGUCUUAAUACUUGUUUUUAAAUUAUUACAUUGCAUUAUUUAUUUAGCUCCAGAAUAACAGUUGUCAUUACUAUGUUACUAUAUAUUUUGAAGUGUGAUGUUAUAAUAUGAAAGUUUGUUCCUUUUUUUUAUCAUUUCCUUUCUCAGCUAUGCAAUUAUAAGUCUCUCAAUGAAAUAUUUAAAUACAUUUUUUAAUUGAUUUCAGAGAUGAAGGGAGAGGGAAAGAUAGAAACAUCAAUGAUGAGAGAGAAUCAUUGAUCAGCUGCCUCCUCACACCCUACACUGGGAAUCAAGUCUGCAACCUGGGCAUGUGCCCCUACUGGGAAUCGAAUCGUGACCUUCUGGUUCAUAGGUUGAAGCUCAACCGCUGAGCCAUGCCAGCCAGGUUGUCAAUGAAAUAUUUAACCCCCAAAGGUCAGAGCUAAUAUAAAAUUAGAAAACUUAUUUACCAAAUUAGACAAUUGAUUCCAUUAAAAUAAGAAGUGAGAAAACAGUGCUGGGCAUUGAGGUGUGAAUUUGUCCAGAUGUAUGCCCGAUGUGAGAUAGCUUCUAGUAAAAACAUAUUUGGCUCUCAUCCCUGCACAUGUGGUAGUGGCAUGAAAAUUGGUAAACAGGCCCCUGCUGUGCAGAACUUAUGGGAGGGGGCAUUUUUUAAAGUGGUGGGUGGCACUGGUGGCUGCUGAUGCCUCAGCGAUUAGCACAGAAGUGUGUUCUGGUAGCUGAGUCCUCAGUAUUCUGGUGGGUGUCUGUGCUUCAGGUACAGCUGCGCCCAGCCAGUUUGAGUCACCCUUGGGCAAGCUUGUUUUUUCUGUCUUGUGACUGCCCUUGGUAAUUAAGAAAUAAAAAUAUGUGUCUCUCUA